AUGGCGCGACUUUCGCAAUCGGCAAGCCCGUCGCUUAACAGAAGCGCAAUUGAUAUUGCUUCAGCAGAGCUUGGAAACCUACUCUCGCGAUUACAAAAGACCGUUCUACAUACUGAUAGCGACCGCGAACGAAGACUACGAUCCAGCGAGUUUGAAAGAGCAAGGGUGGCAUCUAACCUUGAAUACGCACGGAGUGCAUUAUCAAAAUUGGAACACGAUGCGCUGGCAAUUAAAGCUCCAGGUCGACGAGCUGAAGUGCAAGGAGACUUGAAUGGGAAACGAGAGCUAUUGGAACUGCUCUUAGACCGACUAGAAGACUUGAGACAAGUGGCUCUUGACGAAGACGACGACGAUGCAAGUACCGAUGAAGAAGACAUUCUCUCAGAGAUAAUACCUACACCGAGCGACAGUAUGAUGGACUCUAUAUCAACAGGACAGCCAACUGAAAGCUCGGGACAAGACGACGAUGCAGAAUCAGAACCCCCAGAGACAACGGAAAUACCAGUCACAGCAGUUCCAGCUUUAACUUUGCCACCAGUGCCCGCCUCAACAGCAGCCCCUGAGACUACCCAACCUGUACAACAUACUCAAGAACCUACUCAAACAUCACAAACACUCAGACCACGAGGUGCAAAUAUAUCGCCUUCACCUUCCUCACACUCAACCGCACGCGCUGCCCUCUUUGCCAACCGCGGCAAACCCUCCACGCCCCAAACUUCAACAGCAACAGCAGAGGCCUUGCUUGACCGUCAACGUUCUGAACAGGAAGGUCUCUCCGAAUCAAUCUUGCAGAUGGCGGGUGCCCUCAAGUCAAGUUCACAGAGGUUCUCCGAUACCCUCGAGGCAGAUAAGGACGUGGUAGGCCGUGCGAGUGAGGGUAUGGAUAAGACGGAGCAGAGUAUGGAGGCGGCAAGGGGCCGAAUGGGCACGUUGAAGAGGAUGACGGAAGGAAAGGGAUACUUUGGGAGGCUCAAGUUGUAUGCCCUAGUGUACGGUCUUAUGCUCGUGUGUUUCCUGGUUGUCUUCUUUAUGCCAAAGUUGAGGUUCUAA